CCCGAAAGAAUUGGCAAAUUUCAGAUCAACACUACGAGCAAAAAACAAGUAUACUGAUAUGCAGGAUACCAUGGCAUACUUUGAGGCCACGAAGUUGCGAGACAAGGAUUUCUACUACCGAUACAAACUGGAUGAUGAGGACCGUGUCCAAUACUUGUUUUGGGUAGAUAGUGCUGCAAGAAAAGCAUACAAGUCCUUCAAUGACUGUGUAUCUUUCGACGCAACAUACAUGACAAACAAAUACAAAAUGCCUUUCGCACCAUUCAUUGGAAUAAACAAUCAUGGUCAGUCGAUUCAACUAGGUUGCGGUUUCCUAAAGAAUGAGCUUAGCGAGAGCUACAUAUGGCUUUUCGAGUCGUUCCUGAUUGCAAUGGAUGGAGUUGCCCCAACAAACAUGAUAACAGACCAGGAUGGUUCUAUGCGUGCUGCAAUGGAAAAGGUCUUCCCAAACACAACGCAUCGAAACUGUAGAUGGCAUAUUGUAGACAAAGCAACAGAAGAGGUUGGCCCGUUUGUUGCAAAGAUACCAGGGCUCCGGGAAGAGAUGAAUGAUUGCAUCAACUGUAGCUUAACACCGGAAGAGUUUGAGACAAGAUGGACCUUAAUGAUAAACAAAUUUAAUAUCCAAGGGCAUGAGAAAAUUGCAGCUCUGUAUAAAAAAAAGAAGCAACUGGGUCCCUGCAUACUUUAUGCACAAGUUCUAUCCUUUCCUACAGACAACUCAGCGUAGUGAAGGCUUCAAUGCAGUUACGAAAAAGUACAUAACUUCCACAAACUCGGUGAUUGAGUUCGUUCAGCAGUACGAAGAUAUCCAAGCAAAAAUUAUGAAAGCAGAGAACAAGGAAGAAUCAGAUUCAUCCCUCCUAACGGCUAAAAAGUGGUGUUGGCACCCAAUAGAGCAGCAGGUGGAAAAACUGUACACCAAAAACAUCUAUCAUAGAUUUCAGUUUGAAAUGCAGUCCAGCAUGUCAUAUAACAUAAAACCGAUAGGUGAAAACAGAUAUGAGGUUUACUGCAUAACAAAAUUUGUUCCACAGUACCACAACAGAGCCUAUGAAGUCUAUGCUGAUCCUCCCAAUGAGAAUUACAGAUGCACAUGCUGCAAGUUUGAAAGGGAUGGCAUAGUCUGUUGUCACAUUCUCAAGGCAAUGGUGCAGCUAGGAGUCUGUGAGUUCCCACUGAAAUAUGUCCUCCGCAGAUGGACAUGGAGUGCACAAGAAAAUCUAGUUGAAGAGCUUCCUGGACAACCAGCUGUUAUGCCAGAAGAAUCAAGAAAGAAAAUGUGGCUUUCGGUAAAUUGCAACGAGUUCAAAGGUCUUGCAAUGUGUGGGAAUGAAACAGAAGAUGGCCGGAAAAUAGUUCGCAUGCACAUGAAAGCUAUGAAAAAAGACUUGGCAGCACUAAAAAGAGAAACAGAAAAGAGAGCUAAAAAAGUAGCUACAUCAAGUGCUACAGAUCCUGCAGAAAAUCCAUCUACCCAAACAGCCCAGGCAAAUUGUCCUACACAACAAGUCCCUCCACAGUACCAAGCACUUGGACCCCGAGCACGCAAGCCCCCAUGCCGUAAAAGAAAAUCAACAGGUUCCUCAACAUCUGCGGCGAAUAACAGUACUGCCACAGCUCACAAUGGGGGAUUCACAGAUGCAGAACCUUCAGAAACAUCACAAGCAAACAACAUACGAGAUCCUCGUGUAUCAAACACUAAGGGUAGGAAACGCAAGAAAGCUUUCCAAAAACCACUUGGAUAUAGGGAGAAAAGAAAUACGUGUUUGCAAACAGUGGUGGUUCCACACAACAUGAUUUCGGGACAUGUACACAGAGAGGAGAGCUCGCAGAUGAGAAUUAAGAAGUCUCGAUGA